UUCACUUGCUUGCCAGUUAUUAUUUCGUGUUCAUAGUUCUUCAUACAGCCGGUCAAAAAGCAAUCUACCGGUAUAGGUCUAAAUGACAUCGUUUACGGCAGUCCUAUAAUCACAAAAAUAUAAACUAAAUGUGAUCUACAAAUUGCUGUGACUGAUUGAAUCAAGAGAGGUAAGUGAGGUACCACCGUAGGUGUUCAGCAGAUGGAUACAGCUGGAAGCUGGAACUUGAAAGACGGAACUAAGCAUGCACAUUAAGUACAAUAUCUACAACACCUGCAACACCUUCUGCUUCUUAACCGUGAAUUCCACGCGGUUUACGGUAAACAAUGGGUCGCAUACGACGGUAUUCACAAAAUCCUGACCUACGAUAAAACCGGUUCCUGACAGUGCGCUGAUUGCAAAUUUCUCAAUGAAUGUCGGCCAGGUGGAAAAAACGAGAGCUGGCUGGAAUUUGCGUCAUUCGUGCUACAUAAUAUAGGCGAUACAAGCGCCAUCAGGAAGUUAACAGGAAUAGAAGUCUUUGGUACGUAUUCUACGGGUGCUAUCAUAUCAACGUCAGCCCUUUAUGGGUGACCUGGAAUGGUCGCAUACCUGAUAUAGUGCGAUAAGUGAUAAUACAUAGUAUUCAACUUUGCGUAUACAGUGUACAGGCUUAAUGCAGAUUCGUAUUUCUUUCUUAUUCGUUUGACUUUUGAUGUUCACGGUCUGGUUGGGAAAGGGUCUAAUGCAGCAAGGGCUUAUGUAGUGUCUGUACAAGCUUUAGCAUCCGAUCCUGUGUUGUCCCUAUUAUCGGACAAAGCGUAUGAUACUAAAAUCGUUUGUAUUGUCCGACAAAAUAAAAGCGCCUUCUUAUGGCGGCAAAACCGUCCUUACUUUGUUGCCUUUAGCUUAAUUACGAUAUUGUCUGCCCCGAAUAUGGAUAUAGCGUUAAUCUCUUGAGUAUUGUAUUAGAGUUUUAAGUAGUAUUAAAUAGUACCUACUACGUUGUAUUUGUAUUUUGUUUUAGUUGCAGUUGGAUAAGCAAAUAUUUUUGCUGAGUUCUAGCCUACAGGCACGGUGCAUUUAAUUUACAACCCACAACUGAAACUUUUUCUUUCGUAGUUUACAUGGAGCGUAACUUGAAAUUUGUCUGUAGUUAACAAACGGGACUUUGAUUUGCUUUUUUGAUGUUGAUUUGUGAUAACUGUCAUGAUGCAUCAGAUCGUGUUUCAAGUGACUUCUGGCUGGAUUCCAUCUUCUGCCAAAUAGAAUAAUUGCUUUAUGAAAUAGCAUGGCACUGGGUGCGUAAGGUGGCAGCAUUAUACAGUACUAUUCUUAAUAUUCACAUACGCACAUCUGCUUAUCGCGCUUUCAAGUUGCAUGAUAAAGUUGCACUCCAUGUCAUUAUGUCGUUAGCAAGCUUAUUCCCUGUGUUUUGGAUCAUGAAUGCUUUUCUUCUGAUCGUGGGAGCAUUCCAGCUGGUUGUAGCAGACAGCCCCGACUGCGAUGCACUCGCCAAGAAUUAUACUGCGGCACUUGACAAGACCAGGUCUCAGUAUGGUAUGGUGCUUGCACUCUCUUGCCCUGGCACAAAACAAAGUCCGUUCCACGAGUUUUUAUGCGAGCCGGACAACGGCACCGAUGCAGUCCCUCUUGUUAAUGAUUUCUGUUUAGCGAUGCGUACAGCAGGACAGCUUGGAACGGAUUUUUCCCGAAAAUGCCCUAACCAUACAAUCGACGAACGUCGACUUGCAGCGCCGGCCACCCCGGACGCCUUUUUGGCUUUAGCUACUGUAUGCGAAACCGGUGACCCUGCCAAAUACAUACGAGCCAUCACACCUUGCUUGCGAAAAAGAGAGCAAGUGGAGAGGAGAUUACUAUGGAGCGAGAAUCCGGGCGAGGAAUGGGGUUCCGAUAUGCUUUCCGUCACGACAGGAUGCUCCUGUUUUAAUAUGUUUAUGAUCAACAGGCCUUUCCUGUGCCGGUUUAUGCAGGGCGCGUUAGCCUAUGCUAACGGCAACUUGGGCCCGGGCAACACCGUUCUGGCGACAUGUGGACAAGAGGCCCUGGACGUCUUCCUGGAACUGCGCGAGAAAGCGCUGCUGGCACUUAAUUGCUCUGAGUUUGGGAAUUACGUCAAAACAUUCAAGUAUAUGAAUGUGAAGUAUGAGAACGGCACAAUGACUGAUUAGACGAAUGGUUCUAUUUACUGUGGCGCAGGCUUUUGCAUAAACCAUUUCGUUUGUCUGUGUUUUCUACGUGACGUCAAAAGUGCUUAGAACUUAGAAGUACUGAUUUUGGACGGAAAGGUUUAUAAUUCUGGAUAAAGUACUUCUUAUAAAAAAACAGUCUGUGUACCCGCCACAUAACGCAAAUUUCGCAACGAAUUUUGGUCUGUUUCUUUUAGAUUUAUUUUUGACAUGAAAGCUUCGUACAAGACCUUUUGUGACAAGAACGGUAAAAAAUUAUUG